AAUUAUUCGACAAUAUAACACGACGCACGAUCGAAGGAAGGAUUAGAAGGGAAGAAACCCCGGCGACAACGAAGCGGAGGGGUGAAAGAAGUAAAAUGAAAACAAGGUUUUCACCGCACUGGAACGGAAGAAGUUGACGAGGAAUAAAUUUUUAGAACACAGACACACAUUCGACUUUUGUAAAUUUUAAUUCGACACAUUACGAGUUACUGUAACAUACAUAUAUACACGCAUCGCAAAACCCGGAGACAAAUCAAGGUUAACCCCAUAAAAAGAAGAGACGCGAGGAAAAAAGGAAAAAGAUACGAAAAGCCGAAACUAAACAUAAUAGAACGUGAAGUGUGACAUACGUAUGCGUAUGUGUGUGUGUGCAUAAUUUGUAAAUAAGCAGAAGAGGCACAAGGCGAAAAGUUCCGACUAGUACUACACUACGACUACUAGUACUACUACUACUACUUUUGCGAAGAAACAUGGAUCCGUACUCGCUGAGUGUUGAGAAGGAGGCGUCAAAAAAUAUCGAGGAAAAUGAACGAGAAUGUUUUAAAGAUGCAAUUGUCUCCUCGCGAAGUCUCAAUAAGGGUUUCAGAGAACCACCUUCCAUCAAAGCUGUAUUGCCACAGUUUGCAGCCUGCGUGAUGGCAACAUCGUUUCACGUCGCUGUCGGAAUCGCCAUGGCAUAUUCUGCAGUUUUAGUUCCACAGCUCGAGGGGCAUCCAGAAGACCUUCCCACCACAAAAUCUGAAACCUCGUGGAUGGCCAGCAUUGUUGUGCUGAGUGUGCCAAUUGGUGCACUGGUUGGCGGAUUCUGCACUGAAGCCAUUGGUUGUCUGAAAACAAUUCAGCUGGCUGCAAUUCCCAGCACCGUUGGCUGGAUAAUGAUUGCGACAGCUACCAAUGUUCCAAUGAUAUUGGUGGGUCGAGUCCUAACCGGAUCGGCUUCUGCUAUGGGCACAGCUCCAGCCAUGGUUUACAUUACUGAAGUUGCUGGACCAGAGUUCAGGGGGUCUCUGCUUGCAGCUGGACCAGGUCUGGCUUCCUUCGGAAUGGUUCUUUCUUAUAUUAAGGGUGCAUACCUGACUUGGCGUGUUAUUGCUUGGAUCAGUAUUAUUUACGCAGCUAUACCAUUGAUAUUAUUGUUAUUUUUACCGGAAUCUCCUAUGUGGCUUAUCGCAAAGGGAAGACCCGAUGCAGCUAAGAAAUCCCUAAAAUGGAUAUACAGAUUUGCACCAAAAGUAGGCAAAAUCACGGCAGCGGAGGACAUGUACAAUACAAUUUUGAAAGAACAUGAAAUUAGACUAAGCGAACAACGAAGGAGCAAGCAUGGGGGUACCAUUGCUAAGUUACGUGGCUUCCUCAAACCAACUGGUUGGAAACCAAUGCUCAUUUUGAUACUGCUCUUCCUAUUCCAACAGUAUUCCGGGAUCUAUAUCACUCUGUUCUAUGCAGUCACAUGGUUUCAGGAAGCCGAGGUAAAGGUGGAUCCAUACAAAGCGUCGAUCUGGGUUGGCUUGACUCGACUCGUUUGUUCAAUAGGUAACACUUAUUUAUUGAGACGAUUUAAGAGAAGGGUACUAUGUAUGAUAUCGUCUUUCGGCAUGGCAAUUUUUAUGCUGAUUUCCGGUUAUUAUACAUAUUGUAUGAAGGUUCAAAAUGUUGACUUAGGAGACUGGAUACCAGUUACCUGUUUGCUGCUUUACGUCGCCACAUCCAUGAUCGGGAUGUUGACAAUACCAUGGACCAUGACGGCAGAGCUAUUCCCAACGGACAUCCGGGGUUUAGCUAAUUCUAUUAUUUAUUCGAUAGGAAAUGUUCUGAUGUUUGCGGCAGUCCAAUCUUACAGAAGUCUCACCGAUUUGGUCGGAGGAUCACAUGGUGUCCAAUGGUUCUUUACCGCAGUCUCACUGGGUACAGUAGCCUUUGUUUACCUUCUGCUACCAGAAACUCACGGCAAAAAAUUAUCAGAGAUUGAAGAAUACUUUGAAAAUAACUUUGUGGCAAUCGGUUCACAAUCGAAAGUAAAGAAGCGAAGUGGUCACAAGAACACCAAGGAAGAAGCAAAUGCAGCCGUAUCUGAACCUCUUAAUCCAAAGCCAAAGGAUAUGGUAUAAUGUGUAUUAUAAAUUCGACUGUAGGAUAUGGUCGUGUAGAGUAUAUUUCGAAAAUUUAUGCAAGUGACUCGUAUAACAAUAAUAUCAGCGAUAACACCAUGAACUUUAUUCAACAGCUGUCUAGCCCAGAAUAUUUGAAAUCACGUUUACGAAUCUUACGUAUUAAUUUAAAUUGUUACUUCGUAGAGUUUGAUUUUAUACUCGACCUAAGGUACGAUAAGUCUUACCUCAGAUAAAUCUAAUUGUAUAAUAAAAUGUUUGUACUUAGUGGCGAGAAAAUGACAAAGAGUUUGUUGGCCGUAUAUCCAUUUUGAUAUUAGUGAAAAACAAUUUACUUCAGGAUUUCUUUGAAUGAAUAUUCCUACAUCAUCGCAUGUCAUUGCAAUAACAAAGCUAAGAGGUGGACAAGCUAUUGUAAACACA